GGUGGAGAGAAAGCAGCCUCGCUCAUCACUCCUGCAGUGUGAUUCUGGCAGCGGCUCCUGACUGGGGACGCAAAAAAAAAAAAAAAAGAUUGCACUGAUCCAAGGAAGCUGCAGAGCGCCCGCACCCACCGAGGAUACACAGGACUACCCUGACUCCCCCCUCCUCCCUCCUAUGCUAUCUCUCUCUCUCAUGCUGCCUGCCUCAACUCUGCGCUCUGCUUCAUCAGAACUGCUGGGGGGUUGUAGUCGGGCUGAUCCUCGCCUCUCAACAAGCCACUUGCUGCUGAGUUAAAACUUCAAGAAGCUGAUUAUACAUCUGCACCGUAUUCCUGCUCGAAGAUGCUGGGACCAAGAUGGAUGGAGCUGGUCUGCCUGUCAGCCCUGUGUGUGUGUCUCUGUCUGCCGGGCGAAUCGGACGCCAGGAGAGCCCCCAAGAUACCCCGCUGCCCUGCAACCUGCUCCUGCACCAAAGACAGUGCCUUCUGCGUGGACACUAAGGCCAUCCCCAAGAGCUUCCCCCCUGGAAUCAUCUCUCUGACGAUGGUGAACGCAGCAUUUACUACAAUCCCAGAGGGAGCUUUCUCGCACCUUCAACUCCUGCAGUUCCUGCUCUUGAACUCCAACACAUUCACUAUGAUUGCUGAUGAUGCGUUUGCUGGUCUGUCUCACCUGCAGUACCUGUUCAUUGAGAAUAAUGACAUCCAGGCUCUGUCCAAGUAUACGUUCAGAGGCCUCAAAUCCCUGACUCAUCUCUCUCUCUCCAACAACAACCUGCAGCAGCUGCCUAGAGAUCUCUUCAAACAUCUAGACAUCCUCACAGAUCUAGACCUGCGUGGGAACUCUUUCCGCUGUGACUGUAAAAUCAAGUGGCUGGUGGACUGGAUGGAGAAAACCAACACCUCUGUUCCUGCCAUCUACUGCGCCAGCCCCUUUGAAUUCCAGGGACGCAGGAUCCACGAUCUCGCACCACGAGACUUCAACUGCAUCAGUGCAGACUUUGCAGUGUAUGAAACCUUCCCUUUCCACUCUGUGUCGGUGGAGUCGUACGAGUUCAAUGAAGAUCAGUUUGUGGCCUUUGCUCAGCCUGAUACGGGGUUCUGCACACUGUAUAUAUGGGAUCACGUAGAGAUGAUCUUCAGGAAAUUUCACAACAUUACUUCUCGUUCUGCUGUGUACUGCAAACCGGUGGUCAUAAACAAUACACUUUACAUGGUUGUGGCCCAACUUUUUGGUGGAUCUCACAUUUACAAGUGGGAAGACGACCCGCAGCGCUUUGUAAAGAUCCAAGACAUUGACACCAGCCGAGUGAGGAAACCCAACUUCGUGGAGACCUUCCAGCUGGAUGGAGAGUGGUACUUUGUAGUGGCAGACAGCUCCAAGGCGGGCUCCACCAGCAUUUAUCGCUGGAACAGCAAUGGUUUCUACUCACAUCAGUCCCUUCACCCCUGGCAUCGAGACACCCAUGUUGAGUUCCUUGAUGUCGGGGGUAAGCCUCAUCUCAUCCUCUCCAGCGCCUCUCAACCACCGCUGAUCUACCAGUGGAACCGAAGCCAGAAGCAGUUUGCCUUCCACUCACAAAUCUUAGAACUGGCCGAUGUGCAGAUGGUCAAGCAUUUUUGGGUCAGGAAAGUCCUUUACCUGUGCCUCACACGCUUCAUCGGUGACUCCAAGAUUCUCCGCUGGGAAGGGCAGCGUUUCGUGGAGAUCCAGACUCUUCCCUCUCGGGGUUCGAUGGCAGUGUAUCCAUUUACAGUGGGCCUUCGCCAGUACCUCAUUCUUGGAAGUGAUUUCUCUUUCUCCAGAGUAUACCUGUGGGAUGACCUCACUCAGCGCUUUCAGCCCUUCCAGGAGCUCAACAUGAGAGCCCCAAGGGCAUUCAGUUUGGUAUCCGUCGACAACAAGGACAUCCUGCUGGCCGCCAGCUUCAAAGGCAAUACCCUGGCCUACCAGCACCUACUGGUGGAUCUCAGUGCCAAGUAGACAUGUCAGAGCAAGAGGAGGUGUUCCUGAAUAUGUAUCAAAUGUGCCAAAUAAAGUAAAAGACUGCAAAAUGUUUAAGCCAUGUAACUACGAGUCUGUUGUUUCCUCAGAAGUUUAAAGCAAGGCAACUAAUUAAAUGAUUAUUUAAUCUAUUUUUAUGCACUAUUCCUAAUGAAAUGAUAACAUUAGUGCCAUGUCACUGCUUCUGCUCAGCCACAUUAUGGCUAGGACAGUGUUGUUUUUGAAUUGUUCUUUUGAAUAUUGUCCUUUACUAAUGUGAAAUCGAUUUGCAUGUGCAUCUACUGAAUUAUUCACAGGAAGAGAGUGGAUAUUAUGCAAUGACAGAAGUUUUGUAAGUUUCACAGUGUAGCUGAUCCGAGUAGCAUUUUGCAUGGCGCCGUAUAACUAUAAAACAAGCUUACACUGCAAAGCUUUAAAUCCUUGAUAAUCUUUAAAUGUGAGAUAUUCUUGAAUCUGUUUUGGAUUGAAUAUUUGUUCUGCAAUAAUAACAGAGGAUGAGAGACGGCCACAAAAUCUAUUAAAAAUGUCAACCCAAUUAAAUAUUGUUCUGUUUAUUUA